GCAACGACAAGUGGAGUAGGAUGUGCGACACGGGUUUCAAUGGAGGAAGGUUGUGGAGGGUGAUUUAUAGUUCACUCUACUGCCUUUCUACCUUUUCUACUACAUCAGUGUCGUCUGAUAUUUGGCAUCUUUGUCAUAGUCAUCCUGGUUCAGAGUUCCUCGCUUAUCUUAUCAGGCAUGGUUUUCUUCUUCCAAAUAAGAAAUGGUCCAUUAUGGUUCUCAUCAUUCUUGUCAACACAUCUGGACAGUUUAGCUACUGCCCAUCCAUUCCUCCAACGUCACAUGAACCAUCAUCUAGCUCAUCUCCUUUGCACAUGCACAAUCCAUCGUCCAUACUUAACCCAUCAUCAGCAUCCACUUCAGAAUGCCCAAAAAGCUUGUCCUUGUCUAGUCGAAUGCCUCCUGUCCGAUCUUCACCAACGCCUACUAUUUCUUCCAAAACCGACACCAUGAAUGCACGGUCUAUUUCGGAUGCAGCGUAUCCCAGUCACCUUCCGUUGCUUCUUUGGACACACAUGGCGCGCAGCCCGCAGGACCACGUGGUAGCUACUGAUGCUACACAGGAUCAAGUUUCUCAUCUUCCUAGUACAAUUUCCACAGCUAGCUUCUGUUCCUCACAGUACCUAUUCCAUGGUCACUAGAUCUCAAGAUGGCACUUGCAAGGUGAGUCUUUUACCUUCCAUGGUUACCAUCCAACUCACUAAUGUAAGAACCAAACACUUUUAACAGGCCCAACAAUCUCUUGAAUGGUGGAAGGCUAUGGAGGAGGAGCAUUCAGCUUUAAUUCUCAAAAUAAAACUUUGGUGUUGGA